UCAGUUAUCGAGCCAGUAAUCGAAAAAAAGUGAAGCGUAAAAACUAAACGGUACUUGGAAAAUUUACUUUGCCUGUGUGCGUGCUUCUGUUUAUGAAAACUACGUUUUUAAGCAUUUGUAAUUGUUGCAACGUAGCGUUGGAAGGAAAAAAAACAGCGAGUGGAAACGCCCGGGUGGCGGAAAUCGACUUCCAGUGCGCGAGUGCGAGAUUGUGUGUGUGCUUCGUUCCGUCCUCUGGUGUCUGGCACCUUAACACAACAACAACUACUGCAGCAGCAGCAAAAACAACAACAGUAAGCAGCAGCAACAACACACGCACAAUAAUAAGAAGGCCCGUGACGUUGUCGCUGCCGUCACCAUCAAAAGGAAAAAAACCAAAAGAGCAGAAAAACAAACCGCAGUGCAGUAGGGAAAGCUGAAGUUGCGUUAUUUUACAAAACUAGGUCCUUCAUUCGCUUGUCCCUAGGGUUUGUGAAACAGCCUCAACACGAAUUUCCUACCGUUUGCCAAUCAGCGGCGAUCGACUGUGGUUGCCAGCGCCCCAGCGCCAGGAUCUACCUCUAGGAUCCCGGAAUCGCCCAGCACCACAGGGAGCAGCAGCAUUAACAUCAUCUACAGCAAAUCCACCCAUCCAAAUAACAGUCACACCAGCGGCAGUGCAGAGAAGUUUAGCUGGCAGCAAUCCUGGCCAGGCAGGACCUCCUCAGCCCUUACAGACGAAUCCGGAACCAUGUCAGUAAACACAACUUUCGACCUCAGCUCGCCCAGCGUUACAUCGGUUCGUGGGCCCCCGGUACAGGUCGUAAAGGAGGGGUGGCUGUCGAAAAGGGGCGAGCACAUAAAGACCUGGCGCCAACGCUACUUCGUGCUCCACUCCGAUGGGAAACUGAUGGGCUACCGCAGCAAGCCGGCAGAUAGUGCCAGUACGACAUCGGAAUCCGUGCUCAACAACUUUACGGUGCGCGGCUGCCAGAUCAUGACCGUCGAUCGGCCAAAGCCAUACACCUUCAUCAUCCGCGGGCUGCAAUGGACCACGGUAAUCGAGAGGACAUUCGCCGUCGAAUCGGAAUUGGAGCGCCAGCAGUGGACGGAGGCCAUUCGCAACGUAUCCAGCCGGCUCAUUGAUGUGGGUGAGGUGGCUAUGACGCCAUCUGCUCAGGCAGACAUGAGAGACGUGGACAUGGAGAACGUGGACUUCGCCGACAUUGCCGAGGACGAGCUUUCCGAGCAGUUUUCCGUACAGGGAACAACUUGUAAUAGCAGCGGCGUUAAGAAAGUGACUUUGGAGAAUUUUGAGUUCCUCAAGGUGCUUGGCAAGGGCACCUUUGGUAAGGUUAUUCUGUGUCGCGAAAAGGCAACCGCCAAGCUGUACGCGAUCAAAAUUCUUAAAAAGGAGGUCAUUAUCCAAAAGGACGAGGUUGCCCAUACCCUGACCGAGAGUCGUGUGCUCAAGUCAACAAAUCAUCCGUUCCUCAUUUCACUCAAAUAUUCGUUUCAAACCAACGACCGCCUCUGUUUCGUAAUGCAGUACGUGAACGGUGGCGAGCUCUUCUGGCAUUUGAGCCACGAACGUAUAUUUACAGAGGAUCGAACCCGCUUCUAUGGGGCAGAGAUCAUUUGUGCUCUGGGCUAUCUGCACUCGCAGGGCAUUAUUUAUCGCGACUUGAAGCUGGAAAAUCUUUUGCUGGACAAAGAUGGCCACAUCAAGGUCGCAGACUUCGGUCUGUGCAAGGAGGACAUCACCUACGGCCGCACAACGAAAACCUUCUGCGGUACACCGGAAUACCUAGCUCCGGAAGUAUUAGAUGAUAAUGAUUAUGGCCAAGCGGUGGACUGGUGGGGAACUGGCGUGGUUAUGUACGAGAUGAUCUGUGGUCGUCUUCCGUUUUACAAUCGUGAUCAUGAUGUGCUCUUUACAUUGAUUUUGGUUGAGGAGGUAAAAUUCCCGCGCAAUAUCACAGAUGAAGCGAAAAAUCUGCUAGCUGGUCUCCUAGCUAAGGAUCCCAAGAAGCGUUUGGGAGGUGGAAAGGAUGAUGUCAAGGAAAUACAAGCACAUCCAUUUUUUGCGAGUAUUAACUGGACAGAUCUACUGCAAAAAAAAAUACCGCCGCCUUUCAAGCCUCAGGUCGCAUCCGAUACGGACACAAGGUACUUCGACAAUGAGUUUACGGGAGAGAGUGUGGAGUUGACGCCGCCGGAUCCCACUGGACCGUUGGGUUCCAUAGCCGAAGAACCGCUUUUCCCGCAGUUCAGCUACCAAGGAGACAUGGCCUCCACCUUGGGCACCUCGUCGCACAUUAGUACUUCCACAAGUCUCGCAUCGAUGCAAUAGAACAAGUUUACAAACUAGCACACAUCAUGUUCUGCUUCAUCACCUAUUACUAUACUAUACCUAUAACACAUAGAAAUGGGCAAAAGAAAACAACAGCAAGAAAUAUAUUAAAUAUUAAUUAUACCAUGAUAACGAAGGCAAGCAAAGGGUUUUCUUGCUAGUUUAUAUACACCAAUAAUAAGAGAAUUGAAUUGAUA